AAGAAGGAGAUGGCAAAGAGACGGAGGGAUGCGUGAAAUCUUCACCUCAAGUUGGUCAACACAGAAUCCACUCGACCGGGAGCUCAACUGACUGAUCGUUUGGAAACAGGGAUUCAACAGGACAACAUGAGUUCAGGAAGAGGAGAAAUGACUACAGAGAAGUAGAAAGACUCCCAAAUCACAGGCAACUCUUCCUAAUCUAAACAACGUACACUGGAUAACGCAGUGAAUGCACAACUUAAAUCCUCUGGGACUACAGCAUAACAACCAUCACAGAGAGCACAUUUGAUGACGGUAACCAAAGAGGACCUGUAUCUGAUUUAGAAACUUUUAUUCAUCUUGUGUUAUCGGUGUUGAGCUGGAAGCCAAACUGCAACGCCAAGACUAAUCUAGAAAUACUUUCUGGACUUAAGCUUUAGUAUCAUUAAAAAGAGUCAUCUACUUACGGGUAACAGUGUCAUCCACCAAGGCGGAUUAAGGUUUUACUGUAGUACGAGACAUUUUUAAAGAAAGUUCCAUAGUUUCAGACAUGAUACCACCAUUUUAUCCUGUGCAUAGUUUCCCGGAGGUUUGUUUGGAGUGAGUGCUCUUACACCAAAACACAGGAAUGGAAUUCACCACUUCGGGGGAGGAGCAAAUACUGACAUUUACAGCUUCUGAAACUUACAGCAAAGAAGAAACUAUUAUGUCAACUUUACACCUCACGCUUGAGGCUCAGCUGCAAGCAUCUUUGCCCACCGAGUCCCAGCUCUAAAGAGACAGCUCCAUAACAGCUGCAUCUUCAUCACUUGACUAAACCAAAAGGACAUUUACACAUCAGUGCCAUCAGUCCACCUCCUCUGAGGUGAAAAAUCUCAUCUGACAUCGUCAGUGGCAUCUCUUAUUGAUAUUUUUGCACAGAAAAAAAAUUAUAGGAGCGUCGACUGAAGAUAAAUCUGAACCCAUCUGGGAGAAAGAAAGUGGCAAUUAAUACUAGACUUUAAAACCAUGUUGAGAAGCUUGUUUCAGAAGAAACCAAAGCAUGAGAGGCUGGAGGAGGAACCUGAAGUCAGAUUUAAGGGCUCAGUGGUGUCAGAGAGAGACCUGGGAUAUACAUAUGUCCGUCCUGGAGGCUCCGACUACUCCCCCCCUCCACCCCUUCCCCGUCCUCCUCAUCCUGGCCUGACAAAUGAGCACAGUAGUGGGGGUAGCCAUGGGGACCACAGCGGAGGAGGGAGUGGGGUUAACCAUGGUGUGGGUGUGGUUGGCCUCGCUCCGGAGCACAUCCCCACACCGGGGGCAGCCCUGAGCUGGCAGGCGGCCAUCGACGCUGCGCGGCAGGCGAAGAUGAUGGGCAAUGCCUCAUCAGCAGCGGGACAUGGGUCGGGAGGGGGCGGGCCCAUCUCUACGGCCAGCUCCACACAAAGGAAGAGACAACACUAUGGCUCUAAACCCAAGAAACAGACCACAACGACAGCCACAAGGCCACCACGGGCCCUACUCUGUCUCACACUCAAGAACCCCAUCCGCCGGGCGUGCAUCAGCAUCGUGGAGUGGAAACCAUUUGAGAUCAUCAUCCUGAUGACUAUCUUCGCUAACUGUGUGGCCUUAGCUGUCUACAUCCCCUUCCCUGAGGACGACUCCAACGCCACCAACUCCAACCUGGAGCGCGUGGAGUAUCUGUUCCUCAUCAUUUUCACGGUGGAGGCGUUCCUGAAGGUAAUAGCAUACGGCCUGCUCUUCCACCCCAACGCCUACCUGAGGAAUGGCUGGAAUCUGCUCGACUUUAUCAUCGUAGUUGUGGGGUUAUUCAGUGCGAUUUUGGAGCAGGCCACGAAGGGGGACGGGGCCACUCCCAUCGGCGGGAAGGCAGCGGGCUUCGAUGUGAAGGCUCUGCGGGCAUUCAGAGUACUCAGACCCCUAAGACUGGUCUCUGGAGUACCGAGUUUACAGGUAGUGUUGAACUCCAUCAUCAAAGCCAUGGUUCCUCUGCUCCAUAUUGCCCUGCUGGUCCUCUUUGUCAUCAUCAUCUACGCCAUCAUCGGCCUGGAGCUCUUCAUGGGCAAGAUGCACAAGACCUGCGUUCACAACCAUACAGGCACCAAUGCAGAGGAAAAGCCAGCACCGUGCGCACCCGAUGGUGCUUACGGUCGACAUUGCAGACAAAACGGAACACAGUGCAUGAUGGGAUGGGAGGGCCCAAACGAUGGCAUCACCAACUUUGACAACUUUGCCUUUGCUAUGUUAACGGUGUUCCAGUGUAUAACCAUGGAGGGCUGGACAGAUGUGCUGUACUGGAUGCAGGAUGCUAUGGGCUAUGAGCUGCCAUGGGUCUAUUUUGUCUCUCUCGUCAUCUUCGGCUCUUUUUUCGUUCUCAACCUCGUUCUGGGGGUGUUGAGCGGAGAGUUUUCCAAGGAGAGAGAGAAGGCCAAGGCACGUGGUGACUUUCAGAAACUCAGAGAAAAACAGCAACUCGAGGAAGACCUCAAGGGUUACUUAGACUGGAUCACUCAGGCUGAAGACAUUGACCCAGAGAAUGAAGAGGAGGGCCUAGAUGACGACAAACCCAGAAAUCUGAGCAUGCCAGCCAGCGAGAAUGAGUCAGUCAACACAGACAACCCUCCCGGGGGAGACGUGGAGGGGGAGACCUGCUGUACCCGGCUAGCAAUUAGGAUCUCCAAAUCCAAGUUCAGUCGCUACUCUCGAAGGUGGAACAGGUUGUUUCGAAGGAAGUGCCGAGCAGCAGUCAAAUCGCAGGUUUUCUACUGGCUGGUCAUCUUCCUGGUUUUCCUCAACACGCUGACCAUUGCAUCUGAACAUCACCGACAGCCUCAGUGGCUAACAGACGUUCAAGACAUAGCCAAUAAAGUUUUACUAGCCCUCUUCACUGGUGAGAUGCUGUUGAAGAUGUACAGUCUUGGCCUACAGGCGUACUUUGUUUCACUCUUCAAUCGUUUCGACAGUUUCGUAGUUUGUGGAGGAAUUCUUGAGACCAUUCUGGUUGAAACAAAGAUCAUGUCUCCUCUCGGCAUCUCUGUGUUACGUUGCGUACGCUUGCUCAGAAUCUUCAAAAUAACCAGAUACUGGAACUCUCUGUCCAACCUCGUGGCCUCUCUGCUCAACUCUGUUCGAUCCAUCGCCUCCCUGCUGCUCCUGCUCUUCCUCUUCAUCAUCAUCUUCUCCCUGCUGGGCAUGCAGCUCUUUGGGGGGAAAUUUAACUUUGAUGAGACCAGACGCAGCACCUUUGACAACUUUCCACAGUCUCUGCUCACCGUGUUUCAGAUCCUAACAGGAGAGGACUGGAACUCUGUGAUGUAUGAUGGCAUCAUGGCGUACGGCGGGCCAUCGUUUCCCGGCAUGCUGGUCUGCAUCUACUUCAUCAUCCUUUUCAUCUGCGGGAACUAUAUCCUUCUGAACGUCUUCUUGGCUAUCGCUGUCGACAAUCUGGCCGAUGCAGAGAGUCUGACAUCAGCCCAGAAAGAGGAGGAGGAGGCUAAGGAGAGGAAGAAGCUGGCAAGGCUUGCCAGUCCAGAGAAGCGUCACAAUAACGAGAAACCGCCUCUGGAGGAAAAGAAAAGUGAGAAGAUAGAGCUGAAGUCUAUUACUUCAGACGGAGAGACCAACACAGCUACGAAGAUUAACAUGGAUGAUUGCUGUGGAGAAGAGAAUGAAGAGAAGAACCCAUAUCCUGCAAAUGACUACAUAGGAGAUGAGGAUGAUGAAGAGCCAGAGAUGCCCGUGGGUCCGAGGCCACGUCCACUCUCUGACAUUCAGAUGAAGGAGAAAGCCGUUCCCAUGCCUGAGGCCCGAGCGUUCUUCGUCUUCAGCCACACCAACCAAUUCAGGGUUCUGUGCCAUAAGAUCGUCAACCACAACAUCUUCACCAACCUCAUCCUCUUCUUCAUCCUGCUCAGCAGCAUCAGUCUGGCAGCAGAGGACCCCGUCAAGAACGACUCCUUCAGAAACAAGAUCCUGGGGUAUGCAGAUCACGUCUUCACUGGACUCUUCACCAUAGAGAUCAUUCUCAAGAUGACAGCCUAUGGAGCUUUCCUCCACAAAGGUUCAUUCUGUAGAAACUAUUUCAACAUCCUUGACUUGGUGGUGGUCAGCGUGUCCCUCAUCUCGUCUGGAAUACAGUCCAGUGCAAUCAAUGUUGUAAAGAUCCUGAGAGUCCUGCGGGUGCUCAGACCGCUGAGAGCCAUUAACAGAGCCAAAGGACUAAAGCAUGUUGUGCAGUGCGUGUUCGUGGCCAUCAGGACCAUCGGCAACAUCGUCAUCGUCACCACGUUGCUGCAGUUCAUGUUUGCCUGUAUUGGAGUGCAGCUGUUUAAGGGCAAGUUUUUCUACUGUAGUGACAGCUCCAAGCAGACUCAGGCAGAUUGCAGGGGUUCCUACAUCAUGUAUAAGGACGGUGACGUAGCAAAGCCUGAAAGAGCCCACAGACUUUGGGAGAACAGUGACUUCAACUUUGAUGAUGUCCUGCAAGGAAUGAUGGCUCUGUUUGCCGUGUCCACAUUCGAGGGCUGGCCAGAGUUACUUUACCGAGCCAUAGACUCUCACGCUGAGGACGUUGGGCCCAUCUACAACUACCGUGUGAUCAUCUCCAUCUUCUUCAUCAUCUACAUCAUCAUCAUCGCCUUCUUCAUGAUGAACAUCUUCGUCGGUUUCGUCAUCGUCACGUUCCAGGAGCAGGGAGAGCAAGAAUAUAAGAACUGUGAACUAGACAAGAACCAGCGUCAGUGUGUGGAGUACGCCCUCAAAGCUCGCCCUCUGCGUCGCUACAUCCCCAAGAACCCUUACCAGUACAAGGUGUGGUAUGUGGUCAACUCCACCUACUUUGAAUAUCUGAUGUUCACACUCAUCCUUCUCAACACCAUCUGUCUGGCCAUGCAGCAUUAUGGGCAGACCAAAAAUUUCAAUGAUGCAAUGAACAUCCUCAACAUGCUGUUCACUGGACUGUUCACUGUGGAGAUGAUCCUCAAGCUGAUCGCCUUCAAACCCAGGGGGUACUUUAGUGAUCCCUGGAAUGUGUUUGAUUUCCUCAUCGUUAUUGGCAGCAUAAUAGACGUCAUUCUCAGUGAGAUCAACCCAGCUGACUCCUCCUCGUCCUCGUCUUCUUCGUCCUCCACUUCCACCUCUUCCUCCUCUCACCCCCCUGUGGGACUGCAGAACUCUGAAGAGAACGCCAGGAUCUCCAUCACCUUCUUCCGGCUGUUCCGCGUGAUGAGGCUGGUGAAGCUGCUGUCUCGCGGGGAAGGGAUUCGGACCCUGCUGUGGACCUUCAUCAAAUCCUUCCAAGCUCUUCCCUACGUAGCUCUGCUUAUAGUGAUGCUCUUCUUCAUUUAUGCCGUCAUCGGCAUGCAGAUGUUUGGUAAGAUAGCAUUGCGGGACCACACGGAAAUCAACAGGAACAACAACUUCCAGACAUUCCCUCAGGCGGUGCUGCUGCUCUUCAGAUGUGCAACAGGUGAGGCGUGGCAGGAGAUCAUGCUGGCGUGUUCACCCAAUCGACCGUGUGAGAAAGGCUCCAACGAGAGCCACGCAGCCUACGAAGACUGUGGCAGUCAGUUUGCCAUCAUCUACUUUGUCAGCUUCUACAUGCUCUGUGCCUUUCUGAUCAUCAACCUGUUUGUGGCUGUAAUCAUGGACAACUUUGACUACUUGACACGUGACUGGUCGAUCCUGGGACCGCAUCAUCUCGAUGAAUUCAAGAGGAUUUGGGCUGAAUAUGACCCAGAAGCAAAGGGAAGGAUCAAACACCUUGAUGUGGUCACUCUGCUCCGGAGAAUUCAGCCUCCCCUCGGCUUUGGAAAGCUCUGUCCGCACAGGGUGGCUUGCAAGCGCCUGGUGUCGAUGAACAUGCCUCUGAACAGCGAUGGGACCGUGAUGUUUAACGCCACACUCUUUGCCUUGGUCAGAACCGCACUCAGGAUCAAGACAGAGGGUAAUCUGGAGCAGGCUAAUGAAGAACUGAGGGCAAUUGUGAAAAAGAUCUGGAAGAGAACCAGCAUGAAACUGUUAGAUCAAGUAGUGCCCCCUGCUGGUGAUGACGAGGUUACAGUUGGAAAGUUCUACGCAACCUUCCUCAUCCAGGAAUAUUUCCGCAAAUUUAAGAAGAGAAAAGAACAAGGGUUGGUGGGCAAGGUGCCCCCAAAAACUGCCCUCUCUCUGCAGGCGGGCCUGCGGACGUUGCACGACAUCGGCCCAGAGAUUAGGAGGGCCAUCUCAGGAGACCUGAACGUGGAGGAGGAGCUGGAUAAAGGCCUGAAAGAGCCCGUGUCAGCUGCUUCUGAGGAUGAUAUCUUCAGGGUAAAGCGUACUGGGGGCUUGUUCGGCAACCACGUCAACUAUUACAACCAGAAUGACGGCCGAGGCUCCUUCCCCCAGUCCUUCACCACCCAGCGGCCCUUGCACAUCAGCCAGAAGGGCUCCCCCUGUGAGGGCGAGAGUCCGUCCCAUGAGAAACUCAUGGACUCCACCACCUUCACCCCUUCCUCCUAUUCCUCAUCAGGCUCCAAUGCCAACAUCAACAAUGCCAAUAACACUGGGGUGACUGGGGGGACUGGGGGGACUGGGGGGACUGGGACGGCAACCCAGAGCAACAAUCGAUUCCCGAGCCCAUCAAUUAGCACUGUGGACGGGCACACAGGGCAGCCGCUCACCCCCAUCCUACUACCAAGGUCUGCAUGGUGCUUCCCUCCUAAGAGAAGGAUGUUUUAUGAUACACUCAUGCGCUCGGACUCGAGUGACAGUCACCUGCCAAUCAUCCGGAGAGGGGAGGGGUCAACAGAGGAGACGUACGAUGAGAGCUAUGGUGACGACAAGGAAUACCACGACGAUGACCACUCGCUUUCCUCUGACAUGUUGGUGUAUCAAGAUGACACGUGCAAGCAGCUGACUCCCAUGGAGGACGCAGAAGAAGUAGAGGACAGAAGAGGAGGAGGAGGGUGGCAAUCCCCACGAAGAGUCUUCCUCUGCCCAACAUCUUUGGGACGGAGAUCGUCCUUCCAUCUGGAGUGUCUCCGGAGACAGACGAGGCAGGACGUCUCCCAGAAGACGGCUGUACCUUUACAUCUUGUACAUCACCAGGCUUUGGCAGUUGCAGGGCUGAGUCCUCUGCUGAGAAGAAGCCACUCACCCACUCUCUUCAGCCGGCUGUGCUCCACACCUCCUGCCAGUCCCACAGCUCAUUCCGGUGACGGCUCCUACCAGAGAGUUCCUUCCUUGAGGUUAGAGGGCUCCAGCUCCCAUGAAAAGCUCAAUACCAGCUUGCCUUCUGUCAACUGUGGGCCCUGGUACAACGACAGUAACGGGAACAGCCCCAGCCCGACACCUAGCAUGCCAGCGUCCGGCAGAGCAUCCCGGCCGGUGUCACUCACGGUGCCGUCACUUCUGGGAAAAGACUCCAGUUCACUGUCUCACGGCAGCGCAGGCAGUCUGGUGGAGGCGGUUCUAAUAUCAGAAGGUUUGGGUCAGUUCGCCCAGGACCCGUCGUUCAUUGAGGCAACCAAAGCCGAGUUGGCGGACGCCUGUGACAUGACCAUUGAAGAGAUGGAGCAGGCUGCCAACAACAUCCUCAACGGGAAACCCACCACCAACUCCACAUCCAGCACCUCCUCCGCCACGCAGCACAGCCCCAACGGCAACCUCCUCCCCUUCCACACGGCCCCCGCCGCAACGCAAAUAGACCGAGUGGGCGGCUCCGGUCCCAGCGAAGGCGGGGCGGAGGCCGGAGGAAGCAGAGGCUCGCUCCACGGGCCGUCCUCUAUAGAGGAGCGGCAGGAGCUGCUGGCCCGGGGGACGGGGCCGGAGGAGGAGGAGGAAGAGGGGGGAGGGAGGGAAACGGGGGACCACAGAGGUUCAGUGAUCGCUGGAGCCCGGCAGAGGAACAGUGGGCUUUUGGAGGAUGAGGACAUGGAAUGUGUAACGAGCUUGUAAGUGCCGGCUCAACGGGUUCGAUCAGCAAACUGGCCCCUCUGACAUCACCAGAGACUGACGCCUGUCAGUGCUGGUUAACAGCACCACAGCUGGCUGUGUCUGUCCCCAUGCUACACACACUCACCUACACACACUGUCGCUCUGCACAGCGGCGGCCAGUGAUGCGACCUUGAACACAUGGUUAUGACGGUGUUGUUUUACGUGAGUUAGUAUGUGAAUGACUGUUUAAAGUCAAGUAUACCAGACUAUAUACUAUCUGAGUCUAUACUUGUGUGUGUGUGUGGUUUUCUGUAUGAUUUUCUCUAUUUGUAUGUAUGUGUGUGUGUGCGUGUUCUCCACACGUGUCUGAGUGUGGCUCUAAAGUGCCUCACAGUUUUAUCAUGUCCUCAAAAGUGUGAAGAGCAGAAAAGUAGGUGCAAGCAAAAAACAAACUAAAAAAAAACUAAAAAAAAAAGACAGAAUGACGGAGAGGUAAACGGGAAACAGCAGGAACAGGAAUUCCCUUGGUGGAUUUUCUGCAGAUGACAUAUGUUAAUGUUUUCAUGUCCAAUGCCUACUUUGGUGGUGUGUUAUUGUUGUUUGUCUGGCCGCCAUGUCGCCAGGUAGGGGACAGCAGACCAGUUUGUGGAGGGAUCAGGAUCUGACCACGUCCACCCGGAGGUCAAAGAUGAUGAAGCGCUGUAAUGAGUAAAGCAGGGGGGAGGGAAAACCCCUGUUUGAAAUCUCAUCUUUCCUCCUCUUCCAAAGCUACGGAACCUUGGAGCACAGGCCUGCCAGCUCGGGGAUGGAUUUAGGCGACGCACCACCCCCCAGCCAGGAGGAAGGACUUGAGGGAUGGUCCAGGCUGCUACAGGGGGGGCCACAUGCAGGGAAAAACGCCCUCUGGCCCACAGGAAGCUAGCCAGGUGGUCAAUGAGACUCCAGCAAGCGAAAAACUCACUCUGACCCGGCUUCACCUCCUCCAACACUUUUCCAUGUUUGGCCACGCCCACUUCUUGCCCCAGACAGGGAAGUGUUGUCGAGAAUCUGGCGGCAAAGUGGAGAAACGACCCCCCCUUCUAUGCCUCAUACCUCACACCGGUCCUCAGUCCUUCCUCUGUCCUUCCUCCAUCACCUCCGGCUAUUUAUCCAUCCUCCUCCCUUCAUCCCGGGGUUUUUUCGCUUCUUCCGCCGUCGGGGAGGCGUGUGUUUAUCACGCAGGGCGAUGUAGGUUCGAGGAGUCGAGGAGAGUGACCAACUGAAAAGAAAACAGUCUCUGGGCACGGAUCCACGCCAGAUCUGCGUCAACAAACCUCACUUCCUUCUCCAAGACCCUCCUCUUCCUCUCAGCUUGGAAUCGUAUCGGAUUUGCUGCCACAUACUCUUUCUACAGACCACGCCCACUAUGUAUUUAACAGUUCAAUAUUGUGCAAAACUGGCUAGCCAUGACUAUUUUGUUUUAUAAUCAUGACGUUCUUGGUUUAAUUUAUCCUUGAUUUGUUUGCACAAUCGGGGUGCUGGUCUUCUAAAUGUAUUUUUGCUCUGUUUAUUUUAGGAGAAUUUUAAGAGGUUUUAAGUAUUGAAGCAGGGCGUAGUGUCUGCUUGCAACUGUAUAACUAUAUUUGUGUGUGUGGAUGCGUGUCUGCAUUUUAGUACAGGAUGUAUGCGCGUACGAGUGUGUGAGAUAGAGUGUCUAUCUAAAAUGGGGGGGGAGCCUUUCUCACUAUCAGUAUGCACCUUUUACAGAUUGUAUCUAUUUAUUUAUUUAUUUUUCCCAGAAGAGAAAAAAAUGUGAGAGAAUGUAUGUGCGUGUGUGUUUGAGUGCAUCACUUGUGUAUUCUAAAAGCUGAUUUUAAGCCGAGACAGUAAAUUAAGGUAGCAUUACAAGUAUGAUGUUGUGUAUGCGAGCUUGAGCUUGAGAGUGUGUGUGUGUGUGUGUGUGUGAGUGUGAGUGUGUGUGUGUGUGAUAUACUGGGGCUCCAUAACACAGGGUUACCGUGGACAGGCAUGCUUCCAAAGCUUUUUGAUUUCUUUUUUCACGUUUUUCUUUUAGUUUUUUGUUGUUUUGCUGUUCUUUUUUUCACUUUUCUGCAGAGUGAGAAGCCACUCUGUCCUUUUAACACUCGCCAUCACGUAACUUUUCUUUGCGGUCCCGUUUAGACGUCGUCAAGUGUAAGGUCUCCAGCGGGGUCAGAGUGACACACGCGUCCGUGUUGACGCUGAGUUUCCACCAUUGUAGCUCGUCCAAACUGGCAACUGCUGCUUUUCUGAUUCAUGUUGGAUGGUUGUUCUGAAUGACAGAAGCACCAAAAACUCACGCUGCCAUCGUGACGCCUUGUUGUUCCACUGAACCGACUUUAACGCGCCCAUACUGCACAAUGCCACCUUUUAAUGGAAGUUUACGCUACACGUGAGUUAUUGGCCUGGCAUAGAGGUGUUGCAAGAUGUCUGAGGCUCAUACCACAAACCGUCUUGAUUUAGCUUCAAUGUUUCAUUUUAUUUACUCAAAUUUCUAAUAAAAGCAGGAAAAUUGUUGACCAAUAAAUUGGAAAACUACCUGCUGGGAGGUGACAGAUCCAGUCUUUUAUGGUCAAAUGGACUAUAGGUCGUAAUCUGUAGGGUUUUGUAUUUAUUUAUUUAUCUUAAUUGACCUUUUUCCUUGCUUAUAGUUUAAAUUUACAUUGAAUAUAACCAGGGAUGGUAUCCAAGCCUCAGAACAUUACACAGAGUACAGCUCUUGUUUGGCAUUUACAAAAAAGGGGUUCCUGGUAUCAGCCUCACUUCAACCACAUUUCUUUUUAUAUGUCAACAACUUUACAUGACUUAAUAGUUAACCAACGCCUCUCAGAUCUCUUACAAUUACAGAAAAUUUGGAAAGAUUCCCUUAGCUUGCUUUAUUUAUCCUUACGACCACAAUCCCAAGGCAAAGACAGCUAAAUUCAUGGUGGAUCCACCGCCCACGUAUCAAUUAAAAUGAAACAAUUUGGAUGAAGCAGCAGAAGUGGUAAGAAGGUCAUGUCUGUCUUUGAUCUGAUUAUGUAUCAAGUCAUUUUAAACUUUCUUAUAAACUCCAGGGAAAAUCCAGAUGUGUUUAAAGAGCGUUUGGGAUUUCAAAUUCAUCAUUUAAGAAACAAUUUUGUUUUAAAAAGAUGGCAUAUCAACAUAGGCUCCUUCUUGUUGGUUUAGUGGCAUGUAAAGCAGAGCAGGUUUGGGGCCGGGAGGGUCAAUCGCGAACACUGCCAUGCAUCGCAGCCCGCGCCAGUAACAGACUUCUGUCAUUAUUAUGCAAUCUAAAUGUGAAUGUUGGAAAUGUUGUAGCGGCAGUGUUGGGGUUGUUUUGUGGUUAUGCUCAUACUGCAACACUACAUAUAUAUGUGUCUUUAUCCAUUUUUUAAGUAUUCUUUUAAACCCCCAUUAUCUGUUAUAGAUGGCAGGCCUUUUUGUGGCAAGUGGCUCAGGUAAGUUUCAGGAUAUUUUUAGAUAACAGUGGAGUUGGAGUGAGUUGGUGAGUGUGGAGGAUAGAUGUGGCAUCAGUUUAAAUUAAGAAAAAUGAGAGUCUAAUACCCCUUAUACACUUUGGUUGGAUACACCAGGAAGAAGUCUGGUUAGACUUUGAAUACUGAUUUCUUGGUGGAUCUGUAGAAUACUUGCAUUGACUUUUAAAAGAUAAAUAUAACAGACAUCUGAAUUGUAGUUUGUUUUUUGUUUGGUUUUUUUGAAUCCAAGCUGCUGCAUCUUAUCUGCCAUUAUAUCAACAAUCAUGAAUGUUAACUCACUCAGCGCCGCCUACAAACCUUGAAGUGAACAACCUCUGGCCUAAAUCUAAUAAGGAUUGGAAAGUCCACUUUCUUGUAUCAUUUCUGAAGCGUAGUUUCUUUUAUUCUAAUCUAGCAGACGUUGAUUUUCAAGUAACCCCUGCACAUCAGACAUGCCACACCGGGCUCGCUGCGUGUCUUUUAAGGCUCUUCGGUUUCCCAGUGAGAGAGAUUCACAGGUGUCUGUGUGAAGUGGAGCUGCGUUGCUGUUUUUAUGUGAUUCGUGGGUUAGCGUGAACUUUGAAGUGUUGUGUUGCAGUAAGAUGAUAUGAGUGGGUGUAAUCCUGCAACCCACAAGAUAUGCAAAAACAAUGCAAUAACUAUGACUGUGGACACGGUUCCAGAAGUAAACAUACUUGUGUAAGUUUAAAAAAUAGAAAAUAAAAUCAGCAUCAUGAAGAUAUAUUAUUUUCUGUUUGUUGCAUUUUUAAGUAAACUCGGUGGUUUCCACGCACGAAAAACCUAAAAUACUUGAAAUCAGGUACAUUGCAGUGCAGUAUUAGUGAAGAUGUAUGUAUUUAUCUUUCCUGUGAGUGGGUGUUGGUCAAACAUGCUUAUUGAGACAGCAGUGCCCUAAAACACGCCUGCCGGUUAACAUGCAGCCAAAUUGAGAAGAUUAAUUUGGACAAAACGAAAGUGAAACCAACAAGCUUUGUCUCCCUGCCUCAAUACAGUUUGACUGCAUCUUUUUAUCCUUUCUUUUUUUGAUAGCUGUAGUUUUUAAUGGGUUUACCUCAGUGGGAUCAGUGAUGCAUGAGGUGACACUUUGAUUGAGCGUUCCAGGUGUUGCAGUUGUUUUGCUCUGAUCAGGUUAAGUAUCAUAUCACAUUAUUACAGAGUAGCUUUUUCUAUUUAGUGUAUAUAUGAUAAUUAAACUCUUCUCUUGGUGAAUAUAAAUAUUUAACUUUACAUUAGCGGAGGGAUAUCCUGAGGAUGAUUUUGCAUAUCUUGUGUCUUAGGGCUCUUAUUUAUUUUCCGAUUCUUAACCCUGUAGAGGACGGGGGUAUGAUUAUCAAAUGGUGAGACCUGUAGUAAACUAGGGGAACGUUUGCUCCCGAGUUCAGGGCAGGGGUUCGGUGUCUUGUCGCUCUCUCUUCAAUGCUUUAAUCUGCCGAGGCGUAGAAGAUGAACCAGUGGGUUUUGUUUCUCUAAAAAGCACCAGGGGGCUCAUAUUUUAGUCGUGAAAUCCAAGUCCAGGACAGAUCUUUUAUUUUGCUUGUAAGUUGUGUCCUGAUUGCCUACUAAUUUUAGGAAGAUUUAAGUAUUUAAAUUGUUGCUGCUUUCAGUCUUCAAGCCCAGUUUGACUCAUCGAGUUGUCAGUGGGAUAGUCCUUCAUGACUAAUGUCACAUCCCAAGUUGUGUUUGUGUGCCAACUGUGAAUUCAAAUACUCUAAAGAGAGAUUUGAAUUUGUACUCGUGUCCAUGUGUGCUGCAGCACUGAAACACAGUAUGAUUGUUUGUUUUAUUGGGCCAACCCGAUAGUCAUCGAUAGUAAAUCUGAACAGCCGAUUGACACCAGGAUGAUGAAACAGUGUUUUAUUGUUGUUUAUUGUUACUGUCUUUGCAUGCCAGUGAACCAGUCGCCACUGGGUGCUACAUCUCCCACGCUAACUAAACUAAAACCGGUCCCGUGCAGCCAAGAGUGCAGUUUCCUCAAGAGAGAGAGAGAAGAGGUUUGUCUUCUGACAGACGAAUGACAAUCGAUUUGGCGAAGGAUGACAAUAGGCUGAGGAGUGUUUGAGGGGGUUGUGGAAGGUCUUAUUUCAUAGUGUUUGGGUUUCAGGUUGGUUUAAGUUCUUACAUGGUGAAUUAUAUAUUAAAAUAAUGUUUCAUGUGCAUGGGUUUCUCUCUUUAGAGGUAUAAAGUAUUGGUCCUAUGUAAUUGAUAUUUAUUGUCUCACCACUUGCUAACGAUUGUAUAUUUUUCUAUACUAUAUAUAGCAAGAUAUAUAUGAAUCCAUAAUAUUUAAUCACCUGAAUGCUAAAAGAAGGAGCAGGCAGGACACGUAUAUGAGGAUGUGUUGUAUAGACGCACUGGCAGAGAGUCUGAAUGAUGUCCCUCUUUAUUCACUGUAUUUCUUACCAAAAGUCACCGGCUCGAUUAUUGUAGUUGUACGCAGAUCGAGUGCACAGGAUGGGCCUUGAAAACAUUUCAUAACAAACUUUAAUCACUUUAACCUUUGGCACUUUUCAGUCCACGCAUUUUAAUAUAAAUAUCUUAAAGGACUAAUUCAGUUUUGAUUUUUAAAAGAUCUUUCCAUUUCCAGCAUUGUGACUCCAGAAAUAAGAGGCUCCUUUUUUUCAGAUUUUCACCGAAAAUGGCUGGACUCAUUUAAACUUUAAACCGACAGAUCGGGAAUCAAACAGGCUUGUGCUCGUGUUUGUCUGUGUUUUUUUUGAAGAGAUCUAAAACGUGCUAACCUACCAGCAGCCUGCCGGCGCAGGUCAGAGCCUGGUCCUCCUCCGCCUGUAGCACCGAGAGACACGUCUCUCCACGAGUCCUACAUCAGCAGAACACCUUACACUUCAGAAAACACGCUUUAUACCCAGCAACAAACCAAAAAUACCACCUGAAAAGGACCAGAUUUCAGUUUGACUCGUUCAAACUGUGUAGCUUCUUUAACUACAUCUGUAAGAAAUGAUUUUAUCUGUAUGUUGGGUGAAGCAGACCAGGAGACAAACACGUUACAUCAUUUUUGUUUCACUGGGAUCCGAUUUUGUUUUCCCUGCAAAAGAUGCAGCUGUAAAGGCAGCAAAGCGACUUUAUAUGAAAUAAAACUCAUGUGUUUUCUGUGUUCAUACGAAAAUAAUUUAGAUUGAAGUUUCGGAUUAAAUUCUUUAGCGGGAAAGUUGAUGGUUGUAUCUGCUAAGCUACAAACAGCUGAACUGACACUUGUGAUUGUGGAGAAAAGCUGCUGUAUGUCACUAAGAUUUCAACUUUUCAUUUUAAAAUAUUUCAGACACAUACACGCUAUUUGAAAGUAUUAGACUAAACUACUCACAAGUUGUGUCCAUGUCACGCUGAUCUGUCAGCGGUCCAAAAGAAGCGCAUCAUAAUUUCUUGUAGAUCAAAAAAAGGUUUAUCAUGACAAAACUAUUUUAAGAGGACUAUUUUGAAUAGAUAUAUUUUGUUAUCUUUUUUCUAGUUUAAAUUAGCUUGUUGAGGCAUAAAUCUGAUAAAACAUUGGUUCUCUUUUCUCCCAUCUAUGUCUUUCUCUUGUGCAGAUGUCAUUUGGACAUCGAUGCUGAUGAGGAUUUAAGGAAAGAAGACAGAAAGUAACAGGCAGAUUAUAUAUUAUUAAAUACAUGUUUACAAUACACCUAUCUUCUAUUUUAGAUAUUAAAUUAUAAGAUGUUAAAUGGCACUUUGGUGCAGGAUGUUGCAGUCUCUAGAAGGAUUUAUAGGUACCCCUUGUUUUGAAAAGAAGCCCCAUCUGUUAUGAAGUUGUACAAAUGCUGGCACUUUCUGUGUUUUACCAAGAGGACAAAUAAUUUUACUGGUUUCACCAUCAACACAAGACUUCCAUUUGGUUUAGAGAUAAUCACUGGUAAGUUUCCUUUGUGUAGAGAUUUGCCUUUAUCUGUUUGUGUGAAGGUGCAAAAUGAAGGAGGAAAAGAUAUUUCCAGCAGGAUUACUGAGUGAUGGAGAUGAAAGCCACAGCAGUGCAUUUCAUUCAGCAGUUGCAUCUUCAGUGGAUUAUGAUUGGAGGACUAGUUUGGGAUGAUGAAGGGUUUUUUUUUGUUUUUGUAAUAGUAAUAUUGGCAUUAAUGCAAAGUAUGCACAUUCUAUUAACAACCUGAAAAACGGAAUUAAAUGAUCAGUGUAUAUAGUAAUUCUUUGAGCCACUUUUUAGUUUUCGUGAUCCGAAACACACCCUGCAUCUCCCAGCAGCCUGUUGAGUGACCAGAUCAGCAGUUGGUGGCUGUCCUCGUUCUCUUGUUUGCCCAGGAUGUUUAGAACGUAACUACAUAUAGAUAUAUAUAAAUAUAUAUAUAUAUAAAACUCACUCAUUGUGUAGCAGCACACACAGCAGCACCUUUAUGUGAAUACUUAGGACGACUGUUUUGAUAGAUCCUUGUAAAUCCUUUAUUGUGUUUAUUCCUCCUUAUAAUUAUGCAAGCAUAAUACACCCCCAAAUCACAGAGAUCCCACAAAACUGACACCCCGGGUGGUUUAUGGAAAAGAAUGGCACACCUGCAGCCUGUUCUGAUGACCGAGUUGAAAGUGUUUGGAGAGAGAGGUGCAGCAGCAGCAGCUUUAGGGUGCAGCAGUGGUUCUGGUCUUUGGAGCAGCUCAUCUUCAUUAGACCCAUGAAUGUCUCUGUCUGCAUCACACAACAGCUACUGUGCUUCACACUGCAUUACGAAUGAUGAUUAUUUAAUACAAAUAAUAGAUCCUUUUGAAUGUAGGACAAAGCUAUGCCUUCACUGAUGUCUGAAGGAGUUUGGGUUUAUGUUUGGAUAUUAUAGUUCUCGCCCACUAUUUUGAGCAUCAUGGAAAGAUUGAACUCUUUGCCAAACUUGAUCCUGGAGAAGUUUGUCCUUUCUGGGGCACAAAGAGUUUGAAACCUUGUGUCUGUGUGAGCAAAUCCAGCUUUAUGGAAUAUGACUAUCAUCAGUGUUUACUUUGUUGAGCUGUGUCUUGUGUUGGGCAUCAGGAGACUCGCAGCUGCGUUUCUUGAAAGCUUCUCUGCUCCUUCGUUGCUGGAUUAAUUACCAGCCCUGCAGCUCAUGUUCUCCGUCGUCUUUGGUCACUACUCAUGCAACGUGUUAAAGGGCCUUUGAGGUGACUGAACAGUUUAUUUUUCCAUUCUUUUCGCGUCAGGGAGAAGUUUGUUAUUAUUCCCUAUCUUCUAUUCUUUGUUUUUAUGGAGGGAGGCGUUCACGCAGAGACCAAUUUCUUGUAAUAUUAGCAGUGACGCUACUGUUAAAUGUAGUAAUUAAUAACGGCACUAUUUAUGGUCAAAAUAAUGAAUUAGUGUGUUAUUGUACUUGCAGUAGCUUUGGAGGCAGAUGGCCAUUUUGUAAUUGAGUUUUCAAACAUAAGCCACACCCCCUUCGCUGCAGGAGGGAUGUCAUUGGUUCUAAGGUUGCUUAGCAACACUGGCCCAACAUCUUUUGGUUCCCUCGGCUACAUUUGUCUCCUAGAUGAGGACUGCAUGGUCUCACACUUGACAUACCCUUACCUUUUUAUUUUUCCUUCUUCUUCUUCUUCUCUUUCUUUUUCUGAAGAAGAAUUGUUGAUUUUAUUUUUCUUAAUUGUUCAUUCAUUUUAGAUUUUAGAAAGGGAAAGAAUAAAAUUAAAUCAGAAUAUUAAUUCAAUCACUUUUUCUACUCCUAUUUUCAAUAAAAAGUGAAACGAAAAACCAAACAAAAAGUUGAUUUGUAAAUAUGUCAUGUACAGUUUGUAUCUGUAACUUGUCAGUCUGUCAUUGGUGACAGAGUCUGUCUUGCUUAUACCGCACGCUAACAGUAAAUAAAAAAGGAAAAGUAUAUUUAGACUGUAUGGUCCCUUGAAAGCAAGUUUUAAAUUAAUAUCUGAUGUAUAUUCCUGUAACAUUGCAUUUUUAUCUGAGGAAUGAUGUUAUUAAAAAAUUGCAAAUAAA